AUGCUUUCGUAUCAAGACGACCUCAUCACGUGGAACCAACUUACAGGCGAAGCGCGCUCGGCUCUCAAUUCGGCAGAUUUUGGUUGCGGAGGCAACGGAGACAGUCGCAAGCUGGAGCAGUUGCAGACGAAGGCGUAG